UCCAAAAAAUCAACAAGGCAUUCAACACAAUGGAGCCCUUGCUCUCUCUCUUGGCUUACUCAUGUCUCCUCUUACUCUCAGUAGCUGUAUUCUUGUGCGUAAAGGCCUCCUGGCCAAGCCCCAGGUUCCCUCCUGGCCCAUUAGGGCUCCCAAUCAUCGGCAAUCUUCACCGAUUGGGUGAGAAUCCAUACCGCUCAUUCCGGUUCCUCUCGGAGAAAUAUGGCCCCCUCAUGAGCCUAAAGCUUGGUUGCAUACCAACUAUCAUCGUAUCCUCAUCGGAGAUAGCCUCCGAGAUUCUGAAGACCCAAGAUCUUAUCUUUUGCACUAGACCUCGCCUUGUCGCCUUCAAGCGAUACUCUUAUGGUGGACGGGACAUAGGCUUAUCACCCUACGGCGAGCAAUGGAGACAACUGAGGAGAAUUAGCAUGUUAGAAGUCUUCAGUGCAAAGAGGGUGCAAGCUUUUCAAUCCAUAAGGGAAGAAGAAGUAAACGUCCUAGUACAAACUCUAUUGAGGAGGAUUUCGAGUGAUGGUGACUGCACGAGCAGCAAAUACCAUAUUCUCCUAAAUGAGAUGAUGUCUUUGCUGGGAGGGUUUAUUUUAGGGGACUUCUUCCCGUCGAUGUGGUGGUUAGAUGUUCUCACCGGCACGAGAGCAAGGCUUGAGAGGAGCUUCCAUAGCAUGGAUGAGCUUCUUGAGGAGGAGAUCAAAAAGCACAUGCAUGGUGGAGGAAGCCGAGAUGACUUCAUUGGUGUUCUCCUCGAGCUUCAGAAGGAUUUAAGCCUUGGAUUCCCCCUCACCAGGGAUCAUAUCAAAGGCGUCCUUAUGGAUGUGUUCCUUGGUGGAUCAGACACUUCUGCCUCUGUCUUAGAAUCGGGAAUGACUGAGCUUAUGAGGAACCCACCCGUUAUGAAGAAAGCCCAAGAUGAAGUUCGAGGACUCCUUGGAAAUAAAGGAAAGGUAGAAGAGGGUGACGUUCAACAGUUAUAUUAUCUAAAGCUCGUAAUUAAAGAAGUUCUUCGGUUGCACCCUCCCGCUCCAUUGCUAGCCCCUCGAGAAUGCAUGCAAGAUUGCAAGAUCAAUGGAUGUAAUAUUCCUAAGAAGACAAGGGUGUACGUAAAUGCAUGGGCUAUUAGCAGGGAUCCCCGAUAUUGGCAAGAUCCAGAAGCCUUCAUCCCUGAAAGAUUCGAGGACAAUGAUAUCAAUUUCAAAGGGCAACACUUCGAGUUCAUACCUUUUGGGAGUGGCCGAAGGAUAUGUCCAGGCAUGUCGUUGGGUGUGGUUGCUGCAGAGCUUGCACUUGCCAAUCUUCUCUAUAGGUUCGACUGGGAUUUGCCUGGUGGAAUGAGCAAAGAGGAUAUUAACAUGGAAGAGCAAUUUGGUUUAGUAAUUCGCAGGAAAUCACCUCUUAUUCUAGUGGCAACCCCAACAUCUGUCGUUUCCUAGAGCUGCCACCAUGAACCAGCAAACU